AUGGCAACCGACGUCAAGCAAGCGCAGGACGGCAGCUCCAAAAAGCUGGCCUUUGAGCCCAAGUCACAGCACACAUCAGAUGGAUUCCUACAAGACUUCCUCAACCCUUCCUUCGACCCAAUCUCAUACAUCAAUGCCAGCUUACCGCCGCUGGCUCAAAAGGCUCCAGUGCCGUCGAAUCACAAUGCGGUGCCCCUUGCGGAACUCGCCACGCAGGCCCAGACGCUUCUGUCGCAGCUGGAUGCUCACACGACGAGGCUGUCGGACACGCUGACGCAAAUUUCCGACGAUAUCCUCAGGAGUGGGAGCAGGAUGUCUUACGAGGUGGAGAUGCUGCGAGGCGAGGCGCUGAGCUUAGAGGAGCUGCUGUUUGAGAAGCUGGCCGACCAGAUCAGCAUGUUUGUGCCGGGAGGGCUGCAAAAGGAGGGUGAGACGAAAGAAGACGAGGAGAAAUCGAGAGAGAAGAAGAAGCCUUUGGAAGACGGUGGAGAAGAAUCCGGGGCGAGAGCAGUCGCAAACCCCGAAGCUCAAGCGGUUGGUGCUGAGGGAUUGGAGCCCGAGUCUAUCAAGCAGCUGCGGACGCUCACCCUCGUCCGUGAGCGCCUGGAUUCCGUCAUCAAGAUAUUCGGCGACGCCAUGGAAUUCACCUUUCCACCAUCGGAAGUGUCCGUCAGUUCAGGGUUCCUAUCCGUCUCCGCGCCAGAGCCCGGAUCAGACCUGCAGAGCUCGGAGGACAAGGGCCAGCAAGUCCUCCAGAAGCUGCGAGACGAGAUUUCGAGCCUGCUCAACAGCAAGCAGGACCCCGUCUCGGGCAUCGAGAAGGCAGCCGAGAGAAUCGAGCAGCUUAAGCAGCUGACCACGGUGUGGAACGGCACGGCGGAGGAGAGGGGCAGGACCAAGUUCAUCGAGAGCCUGGCGAAGAUGGUGGAGGACAGGCACCGCGAACUACUCAAGGAGAUUGAUACGAAGAGGAGCGAGGCUAAUGCGUCGAGGCAUGAGAGGAGCGGCAGCAGUGGCGUGACGACGAGGGAGGUUGCCAUGGCGGAGGAGGCGAAGGCGCUGCCGGGAGGGUUUGGGCUGAUGAGCCAGCUGCAGAAGUUGCGCGGUGGCUUGUGA